AUGGAGCCCUCUGAUUUCGAAGCCAUGAACACCAGCCAGGGGACCACCGCCGUUGUUUUCCACCCGCUGUGCAAAGAGUGGAGGGAGGGCGCCGAGGGCGCCGUCUUCCACCUGGCCCACAUCUUGCUGGUGCUGGGCUUCAUGGGGGGCAGCGGCUUCUACGGCCUCCUCUACCUCUUCACCUUCCUGACGCUCGGCUUCUUCUGCGAGUCCGUCUCGGCAUGGUCGGACGCCUGCACCACGGACACCUUCCUGUGGAGCUUCGCCCUGUUCGGGGUGUGCGUCGGCCAGGUCGUGCACAUUUCCUACAGGCUGCGCAACGUCACGUUCGACAAGGACUUCCAGGAGCUGUACAGCCGCCUGUUCAAAAAGCUGGGGGUCUCCGUCACCCACUUCGCCAGGAUAGUCGCCUGCUGCGACGGGGACGUCCACACGCUCGAGAGAGACCACCUCUUCGCGAUGGAGGGCAAAACUGCGAUCGAUAAGCUGUCUGUGCUUCUGUCGGGCAGAAUACGCGUAACGGUGAAUGGGGAGUUUCUGCAUUACAUCCAGCCUUUCCAGUUUCUAGAUUCCCCUGAAUGGGACUCCCUCAGACCAUCAGAGGACGGAGUUUUCCAGGUGACGCUGCGCGCCGAGAGCCGAUGCAGGUACGUGGCGUGGAGGAGGAAGAAACUCUACCUCCUCUUCGCCAAGCACCGCUACAUAGCCAAGAUAUUCGCCCUGGUGGUGCGCAACGACAUCGCGGAGAAGCUGUACUCCCUCAACGACAAGGCUUUGGACAGCGAGGGGCACCGCUACGAUCUCCGGUUACCCUCUUACUGUCAUGAGCCCGAAUUAGAAUAGCCAGACGCGUUCCUCCAAGUGCCAGCGCAGGACGGAAUGUCUGUCUGAAA